GGAGAGCUGGCGCAGCUGCCGUGGUGGCAGCGGCUGAAGUGGCGGUGGCUGCGGCGGCUGCUGCAGCUGCAACAGCUCCGGGCUCGUGGCUUUGGCGGCGGCGCCGGAGGGCUGGGCUGCGCGGUGCGGACCCCGGCGCGCGGUCCGGGUUGCUGGGGCGGCGCAUAAGAUGCCACUGAUGGAGGAGUUUCUGAGAAGCACCUCUGGGCCAGUGGCUUUGAACUGGAGCUCAAAGCAGAGACUAUUUAAAGCUCUGGACAUCACAUCCUGAGGGCUGUAGGAGAGGAGAACAUGGCCGUGAGUUUAGAUGACGACGUUCCCCUCAUCCUGACCUUGGAUGAGGGUGGCAGCACCCCACUGGCUCCCUCCAACGGCCUGGGCCAAGAGGAUCUGCCCAGCAGAAAUGGAGGCAAAUAUGCCGUCCACGACUCCUGCACCCCUAGUCUAAGCUCAGGGGGCGAGAGUUCCCCUUCCAGCCUCACCGGACACAGCUGGGAGAUGAAUUAUCAAGAGGCAGCAAUCUACCUCCAGGAAGGUGAGAAUAAUGACAAGUUCUUCACCCACCCCAAGAAUGCCAAAGCGCUGGCGGCCUACCUCUUUGCUCAUAACCACCUCUUCUACCUGAUGGAGCUGUCCGCGGCCCUGCUCCUAUUGUUGCUGUCCCUGUGCGAGGCUCCGGCCGUGCCCGCGCUCCGGCUGGGCAUUUACGUCCACGCGACCCUGGAGCUGUUUGCCCUGAUGGUGGUCGUGUUUGAACUCUGCAUGAAGUUGCGGUGGCUGGGCCUUCACACCUUCAUCCGGCACAGACGGACCAUGGUCAAGACCUCUGUGCUGGUGGUGCAGUUCGUUGAGGCCAUCGUGGUGUUGGUACGGCAGACGUCCCACGUGCGGGUGACCCGGGCACUGCGCUGCAUCUUCCUGGUGGACUGUCGGUACUGCGGUGGCGUCCGGCGCAACCUGCGCCAGAUUUUCCAGUCCCUGCCGCCCUUCAUGGACAUCCUCUCGCUGCUCCUUUUCUUCAUGAUCAUUUUCGCCAUCCUUGGUUUCUACUUGUUCUCCCCUAAUCCUUCAGACCCCUACUUCAGCACCCUGGAGAACAGCAUUGUCAGUCUGUUUGUCCUUCUGACCACCGCCAACUUCCCAGAUGUGAUGAUGCCCUCCUACUCCCGGAACCCCUGGUCCUGCGUCUUCUUCAUCGUGUACCUCUCCAUCGAGCUGUACUUCAUCAUGAACCUGCUUCUGGCCGUGGUAUUUGACACCUUCAAUGACAUCGAGAAACACAAGUUCAAGUCUUUGCUGCUACACAAGCGAACCGCCAUCCAGCACGCCUACCGCCUGCUCAUCAGCCAACGGGGGCCUGCCGGCAUCUCCUACAGGCAGUUUGAAGGCCUGAUGCGCUUCUACAAGCCCCGGAUGAGCGCCGGGGAGCGCUAUCUCACGUUCAAGGCCCUGAAUCAGAGCAACUCGCCUCUGCUCAGCCUGAAGGACUUUCAAGACAUCUACGAAGUUGCCGCCUUGAAGUGGAAGGCAAAGAGAAAUAGAGAGCACUGGUUUGAUGAGCUUCCCAGGACAGCAUUCCUCAUCUUCAAAGGAAUUAAUAUCCUUGUGAAGUCCAAGGCCUUCCAGUAUUUCAUGUACUUGGUGGUGGCAGUCAACGGGGUCUGGAUCCUUGUGGAGACCUUCAUGCUGAAAGGUGGGAACUUCUUCUCCAAGCACGUACCCUGGAGUUACCUCGUCUUUCUGACUAUUUACGGGGUGGAGCUGUUCCUGAAAGUAGCCGGCCUCGGCCCCGUCGAGUACUUGUCCUCCGGAUGGAAUCUGUUCGACUUCUCCGUCACAGCGUUCGCCUUCCUGGGACUGCUGGCUCUGGCCUUCAACAUGGAGCCCUUUUAUUUCAUAGUGGUCCUGCGUCCCCUCCAGCUGCUGAGGUUGUUUAAACUGAAGAAGCGUUACCGCAACGUGCUGGACACCAUGUUUGAACUGCUGCCCCGGAUGGCCAGACCUGAAUCCGAGGCCCCUCCCCUGCAGGCACUUUCCAGCUGGUGCACCUGGCUAGGGGCAUGCGUCUCCAUCAGUCAGCGCAGGGGUCUGAGGAUGCCAGGGCCGCCGGGCGAGCUGCUCUCUCCUGCCUGGCCCUCGAUCACCCUGUCUCUUCUGACCCUCCUCCCUAGCCUGGCCCUCACCCUGCUCAUCUUUUACUACUCCUUCGCCAUCGUGGGCAUGGAAUUCUUCUGUGGAAUCCUCUACCCCAACUGCUGCAAUACGAGCACAGUGGCAGACGCCUACCGCUGGCUCAAUCACACCGUGGACAACAGGACCGUGGUGGAAGAAGGCUACUACUAUCUCAAUAAUUUUGACAACAUCCUGAACAGCUUUGUGACCUUGUUUGAGCUCACAGUUGUCAACAACUGGUACAUCAUCAUGGAAGGCGUCACCUCGCAGACCUCCCACUGGAGCCGCCUCUACUUCAUGACCUUCUACAUCGUGACCAUGGUGGUGAUGACUAUCAUUGUCGCCUUCAUCCUCGAAGCCUUCGUCUUCCGAAUGAACUACAGCCGCAAGAACCGGGACUCGGAAGUUGAUGGCGGUAUCACCCUUGAGAAGGAAAUCUCCAAAGAUGAGCUGAUUGCUGUCCUGAAGCUCUACCGGGAGGCACGGGGAGCCGCCUCGGACAUCGCCCAGCUGCUCAAGAUCCUCUCCCAGAUGGAGAGAUACGAGCAAAAUACCUUGGUGUUUCUGGGACGGAGAUCGAGGACCAAAAGCGAUCUGAGCCUAAAGAUGUACCAAGAGGAGAUUCAGGAGUGGUAUGCGGAGCACGCCCGGAAGCAGGAGGAGCAGCAACGGCAGCUCAGCGGCUGCGUGGUCUCCACCGCCCAGCAGCCUCCGGGCGGCCGCCAGCGCUCCCAGACCAUCACCUAAGCCCAGCCUGCGAAAGCCAGCUCUUCUAUGCAAUAACACAAUAGUAUUAUUUUACUGCAAUGUAUCAGAAUAAUGUGUGUGUAUAUAUAUGUUUUAUAUAUAUACACACGUUCAUAAAUAUGCACGUAUUUAUAUAUAGGAAGAAGAAAAGACAGGCAGACAAGAUGAGGUUUGGUUUGUACCCACCUUGCCCUGUUAACCCCAGAAGUCAAUUUCAUUUUUGGGGGAUCAGGCCACUAGGAGCUCUUCUUAACAUGGAAAGCUCCAGAAGGCCCCUUCACAAGAGCACUUGAAUGGAUUCUGCCGAUCUCUGCAGGGCUUGCCUUCAACGUGGGCCAGUGUCCCUAGGCCAUAUCCACACCGUCUUCCUGAUGCUGCUUUCAGAAUCCCACCCAGGCUGACAAGCUAGCUUCCCCACUAACCUGCCCUGCAGCCCACAUCCUGGGGUUUCCGUGUUCUGCUUUAGGGACAAAACCACUUAGGAAGGAAAGAACCCACAUCCUCGGGUUGGUAUGUCUCUAGAUAUGAUAAUGAAAUUGGGCGUUUCCUUGGGGGACCAGUACCCAGCGCCUACUGGAACGAGUGAUCCAGGGCUGUGGUUAUUCCGUAUGGUCAGAUCUCAGCCAGUGCCAGGAGGCGAGAGAGGCCAUAUCCCGGCUCCGUGAGCCUUCUCACCUACCCUUCUUUUGGUUUCAACCCUUGUUGCUGAAAAUCCUUCUAAAAUGGCCUUUGGAAUCACAGCCCAGUAGGAGGAGGAAGACAGGCAAGAGGCCAGGCCGAUGGCUACCACCCCAGACCAGGUCCUGAAAUGGGCUUUCUCCUUAAAUCCCUUUUCCUUGGGAUCGUCCUGUUCAAGCAAAAAGACAUUUUGGUUAAUUCAGGAUUCUGCUAAAGAUAACAGCAGAUCCUUCACGUGUGUGCAUUCGCUGGAAACGGGAACAGAGAGCACAGAGGCUCACCUCAGGCUGUCCAUGGCUGCCCUGCGGCUGAACCCACUGGUCUCCCUGGCCAGCUCCCCCCUUACCCUGAGCAGUCGCCCUCCGUGGACUUGACUGAGGUAGGGGUGGGGACGCGGCUCACCCCAAGGUUUCCACUCCCGGGAGUAGGUUCAGGUGGCCUGUCAGUUUCCUGAGUUCCCCAGGGACCUUGGGAGAGUUCUCUGAGAUCAGGAUGCAGUCGGGGCUUGAACCCAUAGCGGGCUGUCGGCGUUGGCAGCUCCGGUGAGCGGCGGUGGCGGUGGCAGAAGCAGGGUCAGAGCAUAGGGAGCCUCGGCUCAGCUGUCCUGCGCUGUGCGCCUAUCUCAGUGCAGGCGGCAGAAGCAGGGAUGAAAGGGGCAGGGGGGGCAGGGGAAGCGGCCCGCACUGGCCAUCCUGCCCCAACCCCCGCUUUCCAGCUGCCUCCACUGCCUCCGUGACUUAGGGAGGCGGGUGGGCAAACUCCCCCUCGCCACAUCCUCUUCCCAGCCGGGCAGGGCCUGAUCCCGGGGUGCGGUGCCCCGUCUCCACGGCCAAGUCUUCUCGACUGCGGCCUUGGACGGGCUGGUCCCACGGCCAGCACCACACAGCUCUGCCCCUCACUAGGGGAGAAGUGGUGGACGUUUCUGUUUUUAAAGCAUAGCCCUUUAGGGAAACAACGAAUCACUGAGAACCACUGAGAUUCCCCAAGGGAAUCGGGAGACGGACGUUGUCCUCUUUAUCUCUGGAGGGCCACGGGCUGUCGCAGGCAGCUCGGCACCAAGCCCCAGGCCAGAACCCCUUCCCCUCUCCAGAGAAGGAACUUUGUUUGCACAUUUGGGUGCCUUUUAGCUUUUGUGUAUUGAAACGGGCAUUCUGGAAGCAGGAGUCAAGGGGCAGCUUUCAGAGGAGGGCGUGAGUCCUCCGACCUCAGCAUCUGCCCCCAGGAGGCUGAAACCUGGGAGGGGCGCCAGGGAAACUGAGCGCAGCCCCCCAGCCCCCAGGGUGAAGGCUGGUACCAGGAAGAGUGGGAUCUAGUCCAGGCCUCCCAACCCCAUCCUGUGAAAGGCCCUGGUUUUAGCCAGGGACGGGAUGAAGGCCAAGUGGCAACAGUGCUGAUGCACCAGACUCCAGCCACUGGUGGGCACCCUCAUUACUGAGGCUAAGGACAGCUGCCCCUUCGGGGUCACUGGGGGCCUCAAGUUGACCCUCCAACUUGCACACAGGCUAUCAAGCAGGGAGCGGGUGUCACCCAGGGCUGUGAGCUCUGGGGACCCAGGACAUCCAGCUCGGAUGCCCUCUCACCUCCCACGUUUGCUCUCCAAGGUGAGAUGCGCCGACUGGGUCUGGGUCACGCCACCUGUCAGUGUCUGUGAUGGCCCUGUGCCCCUGCCCCGCUUUGGGGGGCACACCAUCUGGCCCCUCCUCCUUGCUUCCCUCCCCCAACCCAGCCUUACUCCACACCACGUGACAAUCAUUUUGUACAGACAGAGGGAGAGACGCUGUAAGGUUUUUGUACAAUGGCGAUUUGUUACCUAGAAAACCCACCGCGUCUCCGGAUUUCUGGCAUAUUAAUAAAAGAGCCUCUGCUUUGUA